AUGAGGCACGUGCGCAUGACCGGAAAUACUGCUUUUCAAGGCGCGCCCUCUUUGGCGCGAGAGAAUGUCUUGCAGUUUCUGAACAUCGCUUGUUACCGGUCACUUUCUUUGGAAGCCCGGCAACGGCUUUUGCACCUGGGAGCAAAACCAUACAUAUGCAAUGUAUGUGGUAAAGCCUUCAAUUACUGUUCAUCCCUUUCUCAACAACAGAAGAGCCACACUGGGGAAAAGCCCUAUGAGUGCAAUGAAUGUGGAAAAGCCUUCAGCCAGAGUUCAUCUCUUAUUCAGCAUCAAAGGAUUCACACUGGAGAGAAACCUUUUAAGUGUAGGGAAUGUGGGAGAGCUUUCAGUCAGAAUGCAAACCUCACAAAACACCAGCGAACUCACACUGGAGAAAAGCCCUACCAGUGCAAUGAGUGUGGAAAGGCUUUCAGUGACUGUUCAGCCCUUGGUCAGCAUCAAAGAAUGCACACUGGAGAGAAACCCUACGAAUGCAGUGACUGUGGAAAGGCCUUCCGUCACAGUGCCAAUCUUACAAACCAUCAAAGGACUCACACUGGGGAAAAGCCAUAUAAAUGCAGUGAGUGUGAGAAGGCCUUCAGUUACUGUGCAGCAUUUAUUCAGCACCAGAGGAUUCAUACAGGAGAGAAACCCUACAAAUGUAAUGCAUGUGGGAAGGCCUUUAGCCAGAGUGCAAACCUUAUAAACCAUCAGAGGACUCACACUGGAGAGAAACCCUACAAGUGCAGUGAGUGUGGGAAGGCCUUCAGCCAAAGUACAAAUCUCAUAAUCCAUCAAAAAACUCAUACUGGAGAAAAACCAUAUAAAUGUAAUGAAUGUGGGAAAUUCUUCAGUUAUAGUUUAGCCCUUAUUCGACAUCAUAUUAUCCACACUGGAGAAAAACCUUAUGAAUGUAAUGAGUGUGGGAAAGCAUUUAACCAGAGUUCAUCCCUUAGUCAGCACCAAAGAAUUCACACUGGUAUGAAAUCCUAUGAAUGUAGUAUGUGUGGGAAGGCCUUCAGGUGUAGCUCAGCUUUCAUCAGACAUCAGAGACUCCAUAUUGGAGAGUAA